UGCUCGCGAAAUGUCAUUACUUUUUGCUUUCUCUCUUCAUAUAUUUUCCAAAGCUCCAACGUCAAUAGGCUGUUCAGCUAGUGAGGAGGCGGCGACGAUUGAUUUCCUGGCAGACUCAAACAUGGAAGAGAGCUUGUUAUUGCCAAAAUAUAGAGAAGAUGAACAACAAAGGAAUAAAAGCAGUAGCGAUUCAAGUGCUUCUACUCUAAUGACAUGGGGUUCUUUCUUUGAAGAAGUGAAGAGGCUGGGUUGCAUAGCAGGGCCUAUGGUUGCUGUGAUUCUAUCUCAGUACUUGUUGCAGGUCAUUUCAAUGAUGAUGGUUGGUCACCUGGGCGAGCUUGCUCUCUCUAGCACCGCCAUAGCCAUCUCCCUCUCUGGGGUCACCGGCUUUAGCCUUUUUUUAGGAAUGGCUAGUGCCCUGGAAACUUUAUGUGGGCAAGCAUAUGGAGCAAAGCAAUAUCAGAAACUUGGACUUCAAACUUACACUGCUAUAUUUUCUCUCAACUUAGUUUGCCUACCUUUAUCUUUGAUAUGGAUAUAUAUGGAGAAGAUACUGAUUUUCAUGGGUCAAGACCCUGUAAUUUCUCAUGAAGCUGGCAAAUUCACAACCUGGCUUCUUCCUGCUCUGUUUGCUUAUGCCACUCUUCAACCACUCAUUAGGUACUUUCAGACACAAAGUUUGAUAAUUCCCAUGCUUAUAAGCUCUUUCGCCACCCUAUUGUUCCACAUUCCUCUCUGUUGGAUUCUAGUAUUCAAGUCUGGAUUAGAUAACCUUGGAGGAGCAUUAGCAAUCAGUAUUUCCUAUUGGUUAAAUGUGAUUUUGCUGGGGUUAUACAUGAAGUUUUCCUCUGCCUGUUCAAAAACCCGAGCUCCAAUUUCUAAGGAGAUAUUCCAAGGAAUUGGAGAGUUCUUUCGCUUUGCUGUCCCUUCUGCAAUAAUGAUAUGCCUUGAGUGGUGGUCAUUUGAGCUGCUCAUCUUACUGUCUGGCCUUUUACCAAAUCCGGCUCUUGAAACUUCAGUUCUGUCUGUAUGUCUUCAGACGAUUUCAACACUAUAUGCAAUACCAUAUGGGUUUGGUGCUGCAGCAAGUACUAGAGUGUCAAAUGAACUAGGAGCUGGUAAUCCGCAAGGUGCCCGUAUAGCUACUUGUGCUGCGAUGUUUCUUGCAGUUUCUGAGACGAGUAUAAUAACCACAACUCUCUUUGCCUGCCGGAAUGUAUUCGGUUACACCUUUAGCAAUGAGAAAGAAGUCAUCGAUUACGUCACAACCAUGGCUCCUCUAGUUUGCCUGUCUGUUAUACUAGACAGCUUGCAAGGGGUCCUUUCAGGUAUUGCUAGAGGAACUGGGUGGCAGCAUAUAGGGGCUUACAUAAACCUUGGAGCAUUUUAUCUUUGUGGAAUUCCAGUUGCUGCCACAUUGGCUUUCUGGGUACAGUUAAGAGGAAGGGGCCUUUGGAUUGGAAUACAAGUUGGUUCUUUUGUGCAAACCAUACUGCUAUCUUUUGUAACAAGUUGUACAAAUUGGGAAAAGCAGGCAAGUAAGGCAAGGGAGAGGAUAUUUGAGGGAAGGCCUCCAGAAGUUAAUGGAUUGUGCGACAAGGCAGAAAGUAAUGAGUUUUGAUUAGCAUAGUUCUUUCUAUCGUGAUAUUAACAAGAAACUUACUUAAAGUAAUGAGAGUAUUAGCUUAAGCCAUUUAGUCAUGACUAUGUGCAAGAGAGAGAGAGAGAGACGUCCCUGACUGCAACACAGUGCCCAGAUAGCAUUGCAGUCGCUGCACAAUGUGUGAAGUAGAACGUAGGUGGCAAGUCUAGGCUACUGAAAUAUCUGGCAAGAAAGAGCCAUCUCCUUUGAAGUA